UUGACCCAGAAAACACACACUCUCUCUCUCGUUGGAAGAUUGUGAGCAGCGCUCUUUUGUGCGUCGGUCCGCUGGAGUAUGAAGCUUCACCUUGUGGAAUAUAAAGUGUAAUUCUUCAGAGGCUUUUGAACAGAUAAAGCUCAUUUGUCCUGCCGCAGCGGAGUCACUGAGCACAGGACACGGGGGAGAUUCUAUGGCAGAGCACAUGAUGAUGCCCAUGAACCAUGGACAGGGUAACGGGGGUCUGCAUGGCUACCGGAUGGGCAUGAAUGGAGGCCUGCAAGCGGGCCCCCAGCAGCAUGCGCCCCAGCCCGGCCUGAGAGCAAUGCCCAAUGGACAGAUGAUGCACUAUGGAGCGGGGCCUCAGGGAAACAUGGAGGCUGCCAUGCGCCAGAGGGCCAACAUGGUGGGGCCUAUGAAUGGACAGAUGGGUCACCACCAAAUGCAGUCAACUAACAUGAUGUUCAACAACCAGGGCCAGCAGCAGCAACAUCAUGUUCAGCAGCACCAACAGCACCACCACAUGCACCAAGUGCAGCAGCAACAGCCUCCGCCACAACAACAACAGUACAUGAGCGGGGGUCUCACUUCCCAACAGCUCAUGGCUAGCAUGCACCUUCAGAAACUCAACACCCAGUACCAUGGACACCCUCUGGGACACAUGAACGGCAACCACAUGGGGAAUGGGGCGCAGUUCCGCAUGGGUCAGGCCCAGUUGAGCAACAUGCAGCAUAUGGCUGGCCCGGCUCUCAGUCUCAAUGGCAUGGACGCCGAUUUGAUUGACGAAGAAGUUUUGACGUCGCUGGUCAUGGAACUAGGACUGGACAGGGUGCAGGAACUCCCUGAACUCUUUCUGGGACAGAACGAGUUUGACUUUAUCUCGGACUUUGUGAGCAAACAGCAGCCGAGCACCGUUAGCUGCUGAGACUGGAACAUAUGGAUGCUUGAAGGCGAUAUGGGCAGCAAAAGUUGCUCUUUUGAUCUAUUUAUUUUUGUGAUCGCCAUCACCAAGACGAGAGGUGAUCAGAUGCCUCUUUGUCCACAGAAACGGGUGGUCAAGCUCCUGUUAGGACUACAGUUCUGUUUCUGGCUGGAACGCCGAGCGGCGAUCCAUGGAUGAAUGUAACAACACUUCAGAACUGUGAACUUGGUGCAAUGUAAAGACACUCAAACCUUAUUUGUCUUCAAUGCAGUUUUACAUUUAAAAAUGUAUUUAUUUAUUGCUUAUCAGAUGUAUU